AAUUACCUAAAGCCUAAAGGCAAUAGCAAAUUUCAAACUAGUCUAACAAGUUUUUCAAAUACACAUUUGGGCUCAUUAUACAAUUUAGACUUCAUUACUUUACUCAAUUUCCUCCCCACCAAAUCACAAAUCAACCACCCAAAAAGAAACUAUGGAUAAGCCCAAAGAAACACCACCACUACCAUCGCCGCCCCCGUCCCUCCUCCGCCACGUGGUUAACCUCGACACCACACUCUCCCAAUCGAUCCACACACUCUGCCAACCUGUGAUCCCACGCGCCGUCCUUAAACUCCUAGAGAUAACCGGCGAUGGGCGACUCUGGUUCCCUGUCUCACUCUCUUUCAUCCUCUCCCCAGUUUCACUCCACUCCUCCACUCUAUACUCCUUUUCUCUCUCCCUCCUCCUCGGCCUUCUCACCGACAUUCUAUUCAUCGGACUCCUCAAACACCUCAUACGGCGCCAGCGCCCUCACUACAACCCUGCCAUGGGGACCACCAUCCCUGUCGACCACUGGUCUUUCCCAAGCGGGCACUCUUCUAGAGUGUUCUUCAUCGCCUCACUUUUCUCUCUCUCGAUCUCAGCCAUUGGUGAGGGGAUCGAUCAGUUGAGGUUCCGUGAUCAGGCAAUUGUUGACCGUUGGAUUGGAGGACAAGAUUCCGGCGAGGUUGUUGCGGUAAUGUUGGUUUUGGUAUGGAUUUGGUCGUUACUUACUUCGAUUUCUAGGGUUUUAUUAGGUCGUCAUUUUGUGUUGGAUGUUGUUGCUGGUGCUUUUGUUGGUGUUUUUAAUGGCGCCAUUGUUCAUCGAUUUUUAAAGUUCUGAUUUUUUCGAAUCUUUUAAUGGUUGAACUCAUUAUUGGUAAUGGUUGAUCAUUUUUGUUGUUUAAAA